CAGCACAGCGGGAGGAGGUCAAACCAUCCCGCUAUCUUUUUAAUCUCCCUCCCUCCUAUCUUGCCAACGUUCGUCGCUGUUGUUUGUUUUUCUUCAGAUCGGUCGUGGUGAACCCCACAACAUUCUCUGUCUCGACUGCUGGCUGCAAGGAAUCAGUCGACUCAACACCCCAAUUGCGCCUCGCGCUCUAUCUUCGCGCCACGACCUUCAAAUUCCUCAAUUGAAGCUUAUCACUGUGUCGCGUUCGUUAUCCAGCUGACAAUACCCAAUAUUGCUUCGACCCACCUGAAAUACGCCUAGACAAUGGCUGCGCAUCUCGGAGACACCAUCCUUCACGGACGCGAUCAUCCCGACACCCACGCUUCUAGUAAUCGCUGGCGCCAUCAAGAAUCGGGAUCCUACGCCAAACACGCGUCAGCGCGCGAAGGAGAUGAAUCUAAUGGCAGCAGAGAUCUCGCGGACUUCUUUAAUAGCUCGAGAGUGGAGCCAAAGCCUACAUCAUCUGGUCCAUCGUCCGGACCCAAACACCAACCUAUACCCGUGGGUGGAACACAAGGCACACAAGAUGGAGGCUGGACAGUGGAGUGUGGACCUCUGCUGAAUUAUAGGCGUAUGGAAAAUGAAACUUGGUUUGGAAGUGUACUAAUUGUGACAAGAGGGGGAGGAGCAGGAGAAAGCCCGGCGCCCGAGUUAAUACUGAAAAUAGGGGGAGGCGUACAAGCAGCGGAACCCAUUCAGAAGAUUGAAAAGCCCGAGAAGCUUGAGGGGGGUACCAACAAUGAGCAUUAUGGAAUAGUUAAUGGGGUGGACUAUACAAAUUUCCAAGACCCGGCUUCCAAAUCUGAGUUGCCGCAGCGCGGAGCGCCUGCGCACGGAGUACUUGAAAAUGGUGCAUCAGAUAGCAUCAGUGGUGCUGGGGAGACCAACAUCAUCAAAGGCAUCAGAUUAUAUUCCGACCCGUUGCAUACAUUCUGGCGAUUUGAUUUGCAGGUGCCCAUGCAGGAAGCGGAGCUACACUGCGAGUAUAGCAUACCAGGGCUUACUUUUUCACAAGACACAAAGACUGACAAACAGAGCUUCUUCGUCCCAUCGAAACUUGAAUCUAUGAGGGUUAUGUUUCACUCGUGUAAUGGUUUCAGUGUUGGGACGGACGAGGAAGCUUGGAGCGGUCCUGCACUUUGGAAUGAUGUUCUUCGAGUUCACAAGAAGACUCCUUUCCAUGUCAUGCUUGGUGGUGGAGACCAGAUCUAUAAUGAUGGCAUCAGAGUCCAUGGGCCGUUGCGAGCCUGGACAGAUAUCGCAAAUCCUAAAAAGAGGAGAGAUUUCCCUUUUCCUGAAGAGUUACGGAAAAAGUGCGACGAGUACUAUGUGAAGAACUACAUCCGAUGGUACGGAACGGAGCCCUUUGCCAGCGCGAACGGAAAGAUCCCCCAGCUGAAUCUAUGGGAUGAUCAUGAUAUCAUUGAUGGGUUUGGCUCAUAUGUCGAUGAAUUCAUGCAAUGUGAUGUCUUCCGUGGUAUCGGAGGCGUAGCACAGAAAUACUAUCUUCUGUUCCAGCAUCAUCUUGCGCCUCCGAUGUCAACCUACACAUCAGAUGCGCCUCAGUCAUCGUCAGCCGAAGCAGGAGGUGUUGAUCUAAGACAGCUUGAGGAUACAUAUGUAUUAGAGGAGAAGACCAUUGACUCCAGCUAUAUCAUUGGCCCCAAGCCAGGCCCAUACGUAGCACAGCACUCACGUAGUAUUUAUGCUAGACUCGGAGCCAGGAUUGCGUUCUUCGGUAUUGACGCUCGGACUGAGCGCACUCGAAAGCAAGUUAAUUACCCUGAGACCUAUGAAGUUAUCUUCUCCAGGUUGCGAAAGGAGCUCGGGGCCGCUCGAUCUUCCUCGUCUCCCAUACAUCACCUAAUAGUUCUGUUAGGAAUUCCAAUCGCCUACCCUCGAUUGACAUGGCUUGAAAACAUCUUCUCAAGUCCGAUAAUGGGGCCUAUGAAGUUUCUGAACAAGAGAUUUGGUUUCGGCGGUGGCUUUUUCAACCAUUUUGAUGGGAACGUGGACUUGUUAGAUGAUCUCGAUGAUCACUACACAGCCCGGACUCAUAAAAAAGAGCGUCUCUUCCUUGUCCAUCAGCUUCAGGCUCUUGCCUCUGAAUUCUCCGUCCGCAUUACCAUUCUUGGUGGUGAUGUACACCUGGCAGCCGUGGGUCGAUUCUACUCCAAUCCCAAGCUGGAGAUCCCAAUCAUCAACGAUCAUCGCUACAUGGCAAAUGUCAUCUCCUCAGCCAUUGUGAACAAGCCUCCUCCACAUGCAGUUGCCAACCUUCUAGCGAGAAGAAACAAGUUACAUCACCUGGAUCAAGAUACCGAUGAAACGCUCAUGAAGUUCUUCGACAGGGACCCUGGACGUGUAUCUAUGACUUCAAAUUCUAAUCAUGUCACGAUGCCCAGUCGGAAUUGGACCAUGAUCACCGAGAACCAUGGCAAUAGCGGAGCUGUGCAAAAUCACGAGAAUGACCGCGCAACUAAUGGCGGUUCUCGUAAUGGCACUGUCGGGGAUGGAUCUAUCAAGUCGAUCCCGAAAGCCAAAGAUGGACACUCGUGGCUUCACGAAGGUGAAUUCAACGCAGGGACGACUCACAAAGCCGCAGAUAGUGAGAGACAUGGCAAGGAUUCAGAUGGGAGCCUUGAUGUUUGUAUCAGGGUCGAGAUGGAUCAACAUGAUAAGGAAGGGAAGACUCAGGGCUACGGUAUGACUGUUCCGCCGUUGGAAUAUAAAGGUGCAGCCGAAUCCACUUUGAGGAAGAGAGAUAAUAUCCCCGGGGCUAUUAACGAGAGAGUCUAGGCGCUGGUGCCUAUUUGUGUUGUAUAUGAAUCGAACUGUUAGUAAUUAUUGGCUCUCAGGGUCCUUGGAUAUUCUGCGAGCUAUCUAGAGCUAUCAAGCCUAGAAGUUUAUAGCCUUUGGCUAAUACAAUCUUACCGGAUACCCCACAAUAAUAUUUGACCCG